AUGGAAACUUUAAAUGAUUACGAAUAUGAGAGUCGAUACGAUCCCGGUAAGGAAAAUGUCAUUGCUGACGCCUUAAGUCGUAAAGAAAGGGUUAAAUUUAUCAGGGUUAACGCCAAAAGCAUUGAGCGACGUACUAGUUUGAAUGAGAAGCUGCUAGAUGCUCAGAAACAAGCCUUAUUAGAAGCAAAUGCUUCUAAUGAAGGAUUAGGUGGUACUGUUAAUCGAGGACUCAGAGAUCUGAUUCUCCAGGAAGCUCAUAAUUGCAGAUAUUCUGUACAUCCUGGAGGAGACAAAAUGUACCAGGAUUUGAAAAAGAAUUAUUGGUGGAUGGGUAUGAAGAAAUCCGUAGCCACUUAUGUAGCUAAAUGUCUGACGUUUUCGCAAGUUAAAGCUAAACAUCAGCAAUCGUCGGGGCUACUACAACAACUUGAAAUUGCCGUAUGGAAAUGA